CCUGGUGGCAGUUCUGCCUGCGCGCUGUGCGCACACAACUCGCCCCCUCUCCCUUCUCUUCUAUCUUUCCCAUUUCCACAUCUCGUCAACCAGCAAAACUUGUCCCUUCCAUCGUCACCCUUCCCCCCCGUCCGAUUAAUCACAAUCGCCCACUCCUUUAUCCAGGCCAUACCCAUUCAUUGGAUCUCAAUCCCUACGGACUCCUUGGACUUGUCUAUCCCGGUGGAUUUUGAUUACCCAGGAGUUAUCUUAGCCCACAAGGAACCUGACCAACGCAAUCCUGUCGCUUAUCCUCAAACCGUUCUCCUGAUCACUUUCCUUCCCAUUUGUCUGUUCCCGCCUUUGUUGCUGCCCAACGGAACAAGGAUCUGUCCCUCGCGCAUCGGAGGCCCUUUAUAUUCGCGGCCGCCAGCAUGUCCUCCCGUUAUGAUGACCGAGACUACCGCGGAGGCGAGCCUCGUCGAAGAGAACGAGAACGUGAGCGUGAACCCCGCGAGCGUGUUGAACCUGCACCCCGAGAGAGAAGGAUAAUAGACGACCACCCCGAACGAAGAGAAAGAGACACUCCAAUGUCGGAUGUCAUGGACAUUGGCAUUGACCGCCGUGUGGAAGCCCGCCCGGACCCCAGGAUGGACCGCAUGGAUAUCGCAAGAGACCCAACAAGGGCCAACACUGCCAGGAGCAUCGAUCCCCUCCGGUCGGAACGUACCGUGGACAGCCGUAGCGUCGAGCCUCCUGAAAGACUGUAUCAAGAUCCCGCCACUGGAACAAUGUACCGCCAAUUGCCCCAGAGAUAUCCUCGUGAAGACCGUGACUACCUUGAUCCUGUUCCUCCCAGCCGUCGUAUGCCAAUGGACGCAACCAUGAGGGACCGUGAUGAACCCUCGAGGCCACAACUCCAGCUUUCCGAAUUCUGGUGCCCAGGAGAAGGAAUCGAACGCGAAGUGAUCCAACAUGAGAUUUGCAAAUUCCUUGGCCAAGAUGCCACAUGUCGUCCCGGUGUCGACGCUCGUGGACGUCCGGGAUACUGGGUGAGGGCAUAUCGCGCACUUACGACGGCGAUGGAACAGAGCCUCCGUGAUGAGACCGAGAGAUGGCUGCGCGAAAAAGAACGAAGGCGACGACAGGGUGAAACCCGAGGUAUGGGCCGCACGACACCUCCAGCAAACGAGUCUAAGGCUCGGGCAGGUUCCUAUGCCGACUUGGCAGACUCGCAAGAAAGGACCCAAGACCGACGACGCUUCCCACAGCCUGGAGACAUGGACCUUGACGAGGAUGAUUAUCGUACGCUUCCCAGGCAUCGUGAACCCCGUGAGCGUGAGCGUGAUCGUGAGCGUGACCUGGAACCUCCCCGUCCCGUGGCUACUGGCCGUAUACCGGUCACUACUGGCUAUCCCCCGGAACCUGGAUAUACCCAAUAUGCCAUCUCUUCUCAGCAGGCAGGAUACGCUCCAGGCCAACCGGCAUACUACGGAGUAGACAGAGAACCACGGACGUUACAUGGCGGUAACACCACGCCCCCGACAUCAGCCAUCAGCCGAGUCGCACCAUCAACUGGCUACAGCCAGCCCCCAUACCCAGCGAGGACAGCACCGUCUGUCACCCAAUCGAUAUCAGCAUCUUAUGAUGGGCGAGGGAGAGACCUGAUGGGUGGUCCCUACCCACCCAGCUAUCCAGAGACACGUACCUCUAGAAGAUGAGCGCCAUCUUGCUUGUGACCUUUUUCAUUCAGCAUACGUCCCUGGAUAAUGUUAGGCCUGAGCAGGAGCUACCCCAAACCCCGGGAUUCACAUUUCAAAGGUCCCUAUAUUCUUGCCCGGCCGUGCCGCAGGCCUUGGAACAAGCAGGCCACAUGGAUUGCAAAUGCACUGUUAUUGUUAUGCCCGGAUUGACAUGACGACUUGUGCCAUGGAAAUACAACCGGAUUGUUACAUCGGCGCUCAUGAUGCCACGAACUGUUGGAGGUUUCAGAGGCAACACAGUUUGCGCGGUCUAUGAUUACAGAGCGAUACCAAUCAGCGCGUCACUUUACUGGAGUCGGACUAUUCUGUCCACCAUCUUUCCAUGGAUCCUGGAGGCGUAUUGAAAAAUACUGGAAACGGAUUUCCUCCCAAAGAUUGAUAACCAUCAUGGCAAAACCCGGUCAUACGAAUCAGGAAAUGGUGGCACCGGGCAUUGGAUUGGCGUGUUGGAUAUGAUUCAUGGAGCUUGAAAGGUGUUUUUGUUUGAUCUAUCGAGACUGAUGACAACGACUAAUAGCAACGACACCUUAUACUACUGGCUUGUCAUUGAGGCUUUGUUCCGGAAGAUUCUGAUUGUUGCUUCCUGUCGUGAUCCUCGUUGACCUGGAUGGCCGCAUCGUUCUCGUACCCGGAUCUCCCUUGGUGUUCCCUUCUCUUGACCUCGGUCUUGCAGGCUCAGUCCGCUUUGACAGUUCGAAGCUCGCUUGAUUGAAUGAACAGGCAACCUUCUUAUCUUCUGAGCCCACUCUCACUCUCGACAGGAUAUUCCUUGGGACCUACUCUUGAACGAAGACCAAACUGGCAAGAAGUCAACGUUCUUGGUGGCCACCAAAACAGUCCCCGCUUCCCGCAGUCUGUUUUCUUGCAGCAUGGUCUGACACAUAUGUAGCUCUUCCUCCUGUUUUCCCAAGAUCCUGGAUUUCUGGCACCCGUCGUUGUCAACCCCAAUGCCUCUCUUGCUCAUCAUACACAGGAAUAUCCGUUGCUCCGUUGCAGGGAAUCAAGAGGAGAGGGAGGUGUUGGGAGUACGUCGAAGGUAGACACCUCUGCUAGACCUGGUCGAGUCGUCGAAGAACCAUGGAUUGGGGUGAGUGGUGACUG